GGCAGCGUAAAUUCGCGCAGACGCAAUUACCAUUAUCAGAGCUCGUAAGAGAGAUACAAUUGCUUUUUGUGUUUCUAGUCUAUAUAAAAAAAGAAAAAUCGCAAAGGAAUUAUUGAUUAGAAGUUUUAGAAUCAAAACUUCUAAUAUUAGUACUGAUUAAUAGUAAUAUGAGUAAUGCACCCAACCAAAAUGAAUCAGGUCUAGAGCAGCAGUUUGCUGGUCUGGACUUGCAGAGUCGCGGUACAAGCGGCCGUUACGUGCCUCCACACUUGCGCAACAAGCCACAGGGCGGGGGCGGCUCCUCCCAAUCGGAGGCGGCCACGAGCAGCGGUUACGACAGGGGCGAAUCCAGGGUCAGUGGCGGCGGUAGCGGCGGCGGUGGUCGCAACUACAACAGAGGCGGCGGCGGCGGCAGGGAUAACAGGGGCGACUUUUCCAGCUUCAAUACACGCGGCAGAAGGGGCGGCGACUACCAGAACGGCGACUCCUACGAGAGGAGCGACGAUUGGAACCGCUCAGGGGGCGGCAGAAACCAAGACAGGGAGCGCGAUCCACCGGCAGCCCGCAAUGACCGGUGGCAGGAGCCGGAACGGUCGUCGAGGGGCGGCGAGCGCUGGAGCGAGGGGGGCGGCGGGGGCGGUCGCUGGAACGACGACCGCAGGGGUGACCGACGGGGCGACGGCGGCGACUGGACCGUGCCGCUGGCCCGCGACGAGCGCCUCGAGGUGGAGCUUUUCGGAACGGGAAAUACGGGCAUCAACUUUAGCAAGUAUGAAGAUAUUCCUGUUGAAGCAACCGGAGAGAAAGUCCCGCAUCAUAUUACAUCUUUUGAGGAAAUACAGUUGACAGAGAUCAUCCGGUCGAACAUCGCUUUGGCCCGGUACGACACUCCCACGCCCGUGCAGAAGUACGCGCUGCCCAUAAUCCUGGGAAAGCGCGACGUGAUGGCGUGCGCGCAGACCGGCUCGGGCAAGACGGCCGCCUUCCUCGUACCCAUCCUCAACCGCAUGUACGAGUCGGGGCCGCCCAACUUCCAGCACGCGCGCAGCCGCCGCAAGCAGUACCCGCUGGGCCUGGUACUAGCGCCCACCAGGGAGCUCGCCACGCAGAUCUACGACGAGAGCAAGAAGUUCGCCUACAGGUCGAGGGUUCGGCCUUGCGUCGUAUACGGCGGAGCGAACAUAGUGGACCAGCAGCGCGACCUGGAGCGCGGCUGCCACCUGCUGGUGGCCACGCCCGGCCGCCUGCUGGACAUGAUCGACAGAGGCCGCAUCGCGCUCGACUACUGCCGCUACCUGGUGCUGGACGAGGCCGACCGCAUGCUGGACAUGGGCUUCGAGAUGCAGAUCAGGCGCAUCGUGGAGAAGGAGUCGAUGCCGCGCACCGGCGAGCGACAGACCCUAAUGUUUAGCGCCACGUUCCCCCACAUGAUCCAGAUGCUGGCCAGGGACUUCCUCGAUAACUACAUUUUCUUGGCGGUGGGCCGGGUCGGCUCCACCUCGGAAAACAUUACCCAAAAGAUAGUUUGGGUGGAAGAGAACGACAAAAUCUCCUUCUUGCUGGACCUGCUGAACGUGGCCGACCUGCACCAGCCCUCCGCCGAGAGCCUCACGCUGGUAUUCGUGGAGACGAAAAAGGGCGCCGACUCCCUGGACGCCUUCCUGCACAACGAGGGCUACCCCGUCACCUCGAUCCACGGCGACAAGACGCAGCACGAGCGCGAGGACGCCCUCAAGCAGUUCCGGUCGGGCGUGUCGCCCAUCAUGGUGGCCACGGCGGUGGCCGCUCGCGGCCUCGACAUCCCCCACGUCAAGCACGUCAUCAACUUCGACCUGCCCUCCGACAUCGAGGAGUACGUGCACCGGAUCGGCCGUACCGGCAGGAUGGGCAAUUUGGGUCUGGCCACGUCGUUCUUCAACGAGAAGAACAGGAACCUGGCCAACGGCAUGUUGGAUUUGCUGAUCGAGGCCAAACAGGAAUACCCUUCCUGGUUGGAGGGCGUGGCCAGCGACAGUCGCGUGUCCAGCUCGGGUAGGAGGGGCGGCAAAGGACGGUACGGGGGCGGCGGAAGCAGUUUCGGUAGCAGGGACUACCGGCAGCAAUCGGGAGGCCAGUCGAGCCAAAGAAGUCAGAGAUCUGGCGGGGCAUACGGCAGUAGCGGAUACGGCAAUGGAGGUGGUGGCCAUUAUGGCGGAGGAGGCAUGGAUCGAGGCAGUAACUUCGGCGGAAAUUACAACUCGAAUAGCCAGGACGAUUGGUGGUAAACAGUGAUUGCCUUCGAGAUAUAGAGAAGCAAGAUAAACGUAUACCUGUUACGUUACGUCUAGGUCGACUUACUUCAUUAUUUUGGUUAACAUAUAUUUUUUCGAUAGAAAUUAUAAUUAACAUGUUUUAAUCUUUCUUCCUAAAUUAUUAUAUCUUGUUUCAAAAUAAGAUUAAUGCUUGAAUAUAUAUCUGAGAAAUCUUU